ACAAAGAAAAAAAUGGAUCAAAGUUUGUACCGCACGUGCUUGGUUAUUUUGUCGGUAAUGGGGAUGAUCGGAACAUCAUCUGCGGCAUAUGCUGGGAGUCCGUGGCGUCGUGCUUCAGCCACCUUCUACGGGGACGAAACCGCCCGCGAAACCAUGGGUGGGGCUUGUGGCUAUGGCAACCUAUGGGACAGCGGCUAUGGUGCGGCCACGUCGGCACUAAGUACAGUGCUGUUCAACGACGGUUACUCGUGCGGUCAGUGUUUCCAAAUAAGAUGUGUGUCGUCGCCUAACUGCUACUACGUUUCACCAGCCACCGUGGUGACUGCGACCAACAUAUGUCCACCGAAUUGGGGUCAAAACUCCAACAACGGUGGGUGGUGUAAUCCGCCACGUGCCCAUUUUGAUCUGACUAAACCGGCUUUCAUGAAAAUCGCAAAUUGGAAGGCUGGUAUCAUCCCUGUCUCAUACCGAAGAGUGGCAUGCAGAAGGAGUGGAGGAAUAAAGUUCAAAUUUGAAGGAAAUGGAUAUUGGCUUCUAGUGUACGUGAUGAACUUAGGUGGUGCGGGUGACAUUAGGAACAUGGCCGUUAAAGGUAGCCGUACGAACUGGAUCGACAUGAGCCACAACUGGGGAGCUUCUUACCAAGCUUUCUCUUCUCUCUAUGGCCAAUCUCUCUCGUUCCGACUAACCUCCUACACCACUCGUCAGACUAUUUACGCUUGGAAUGUUGCUCCGGCUAGCUGGAGCGCUGGCAAGACCUACAACUCCUACGCUAAUUUCAGCUGA